UUAAAAUUGGCAAUAAACUGGUUCUGAUAUAUUUAAAAACGAAGCAUAAAAUAGAAAUACAAUAAUGAUAGCAAACAUAUUUAUUGUUUUAGUUCUUAUUUGUUAUAGUAAAACGGAAGAAAGUUCAAAAACACCAGUUUUUUUUAUUUCUCAUGGAGGCCCAAAUUUUAUGUACAUGAAAGAUUUUGGUGGAUAUAAAGCCGUUGAAAAAAUUGGAAAUGAAAUAAAGAAUUUCCCUAAUUUAAAAGGAAUUAUUGUAAUAUCAGCACAUUGGCAAAGUAAUCUCGAUGAAAUUUACGUUAAUACUGCCGAACAUACCGAACUGCUUUAUGAUUUUCCAUCUCCAGAAAUUUGGCCAGCUUAUAUGUUUGAAGAACAGUAUGCAAAUGUCGGAUCCAAAGAAAUAUCAUCAAAAAUUAUGCAAUCAUUAAAAGAUGCAAAUAUAAAAACUGUACCAAAAUCACGAGGUUUAGAUCAUGGCGCUUGGGUACCAUUUAAAAUUGCUUUUCCGUCCGAUAAAGUUUCUUUAAGUGUGCCAAUUGUACAAAUAUCAUUAUACACAAACGAAGAUCCAAACUUACAUUUUAAUGUAGGACGAGCUUUAUCGCCAUUGCGUAAUGAAGGGAUAGUAAUAAUUGGUUCAGGAAUGUCUGUUCAUAAUGUAAAUGAACAUGAUUUGGCAGAUAAUGAAAUUGCAAAAUAUGUAGUUCCAUUUGACAAUGCUAUUGUGGAUGCUAUGACAAAAAACAAAGGAGAAGCAAGACGAAUUGCUUUAAAUGAAUUAGUGGAACGUUCAGAUAUUCGUAAUGCACAUCCAACAUUUGAACACUUCUUCCCACUUUUCGUUGCGGCUGGAGCUACUUAUGACGAUACAUGUGAAUUGCUAUUCACAAGUUACGUCGCCAGUUUUGCAUGGGGUCAAUUUCGUUGUUCAGUUGACUAAGAAUAUUAUUAGUGAAUAAUUUUGAAAUUAUAGGAAUUAAAAUAUAAAUUUCAAAUUAACCAGAAGAUUUAAUACCUAAGAGUAAAUUAAUUAUAUCGCUUCACUAAUACAGCUAUUCAAGUCCUUAGCACCCCAGGAAUGUGAUAUUUAGGCAAAAAAAUAAA